GGGGGUCACCUUGGAGGGUGUAUUUAUACCUUCACUUCAGCCUUUUCAGAGAACCAGUUAAUUCUCCCAAAGUACCAGUUAGACUUAGGAUGAAUCUCUGCCCUCAAAAUCUAUUAUUUUCUCUCUAAUUUUUCAUUUCUUUUUAAAGUUUCAUUCUGUAUGUUUACUCAAGCUCGUGUCGGUGACGUUAUUGCAGUGAAACAACAGUCUGUGUCUGUAGCUGCUCCUCACUGACAUUUUACUUCCCUCCUGCAUUUCGUUUCACUGUCAGUUUGCUUCUUCCUCCUGUGCCCUCUCCUCCCUUAUUCUCUGACCUUUGCAUUUCUUCUCUCAACUGUUGUUUUUUACCCGUUUUUGUAAGGGAGACCUUGCUGGUUCUUCUGAGGCCGUGGGCCGGGUAUGCUCGGGGUGGGCGGAUUGCUGUGUUGGGUUAGCCAUCCUCCUGUGUUCCAGGGAGACGCUCGAGCAGGGCCUGGAGUUCUGUCGGCAGAAGCAGCGGGCUGACGGCUCCUGGGAAGGCUCCUGGGGAGUUUGCUUCACCUAUGGCACCUGGUUCGGGCUGGAAGCUUUCGCCUGCAUGGGGCAGACUUACCGCAGCGGGGCCGUGUGUGCGGCAGUCUCCCGGGCCUGUGACUUCCUGCUAUCCCAGCAGAUGGCGGACGGGGGCUGGGGGGAAGACUUCGAGUCCUGCAAGGAACGGCGUUACAUACAGAGUGCCACGUCCCAGAUCCACAACACGUCCUGGGCCUUGAUGGGGCUCAUGGCCGUCAGGCAUCCCUGCAUAGAGGCCCUGGAGAAGGGAGUCCGGUGGCUGCUUAGAAAACAGCUCCCCAGCGGCGACUGGCCCCAGGACAACAUCUCUGGUGUCUUCAACAAGUCCUGUGCCAUCAACUAUAACAGCUACAAGAACGUCUUCCCCAUCUGGGCCCUCGGCCGCUUCUCCCACCUGUACCCCGAGAGUGCCCUUGCUGGCCUCCCUUGAGGGUGCCUGGCAGGCAGGUGGGUGGUGGGCACCGUUGUCCGGGGGGCUGCUGAGCAGUGGCUGUCAUGUGAGUCCUGGUGGGGCAGCUUGGGUGAGCUGCAGGGGCCCCCUGCCCAGGGGUCCAGUGCCCCUCACCGCCCCCUUCCACAUGGUGCGACCAGGCCUGGGGCAGGGGUGGGGCCGGUGGCUUUAGGCACUUGAUUUUCAGGAUGGGUUUAAUUCUUUGAAGAGCUCUGGAGCUCUGGGGAGGAGAGGACAAGAUGAGCCCUGACCCCCGCCAGCGCCCAGCGUGUUCCGCAGCCCCUGGCCAGGGCGUGCCUCCUCGCUUUGGGGCUGGGAGGGCUUUCUCGACCAAAACCUCGGUUCUCAGGCGAGGGGCGCGGGGCCUCAUCUGCCUCCUGCUGGUGCUGCCCCGCAGCCGGCUCUUCCUAUUUCUUCUGUCUGUGGGGCUGAGGGAUGUGGUCUGGUCACCAUGGCGGCCCUGGGCUCGGCAAGGAACUGGGAGCAGACUUGCUGAGUGCCUGGGGCUGUGCAGAGGGAGUGGCUGCUGGCUGUGCCCUCCACCCCAGGUUCGCCCCUGCUGCAUCGUGGUCACCAGUUGUGGGCACCAGUAUCCCUCUCUCCCGCUUCUAACCCGUAGCGUCUCGUGAUGACAGGCUCAGGCAGCAGGCUCAGUGUGGCAAGCAGGGAGCGCUCACGAGUGGUUCGGUGGUCACCACUGUGGGGCAGUCAGCGUUGCUGGCUGGACAAGCCUGGCGCCGUAGGGUGCCCUCUAGGCUGCCACUAACCCUCAUGUCCUGGCUUGUCCUCUGAGCGGAAGUGAGGGCCAGAUUUCUGGGGCAGUGCCUCUUGGGCGCUAAACCUCUGAAUUCCCUUCUAUCUCUAAAUCUGGUUUGGUGUGCAUGGGUUUGGGGCCCAGGAUGGAAAAACCCGGGCUCUGGACUUGCCGUUGACCUUUGAGACAUGUGGCUCAUGUGCUCAGGGCUUCCCUAGGAGUGAGGAUGUGUGGAGCCACCAAGAGCUUUGAUGAGAAUAAAAGCCGGGUCUGGUGUUGCCCCCGUGCCCCUCUGCCUGUUGGUCUUCUGUGCCGCCUCCUGGGCUGGCAGCCGCCCCGACUGUGCUCCCUCAGGCAGCCUGAUGUCCGAGUGCUCCUCCGUUCCUGCCCUUCUCUGACCAGAUCCCUGCAGGGCCCUUGCCGAGACUGCAGCACGUGGCCUUGACCCUGCAGCUCUGCUGGCCUUGAGUGCCGUCCCUGACUCUGCCUGGGGCCUGCCUGACCUCCUCCGCUGACUCCUCUUCCCCAGGGUCUGGGUUGUGUGUACACACAGGUGGCCCCACUGGUUCCACCGGCUGCCACACUGUGUGGCACGUAGUGGGUGUUCAGUGACUACCUAUUGAGUGUCAGCACUUUCCCCCAGACAUUUUUUAACUUGGAUUUAUUUUGGCUGAAGGGACUGUUGGGAUCCCUUUGAAAUCUAUUGGGUUUGCUCUUGCCCUUCUUUUCUUGGCCCCUAUUCUCCCCCAGCUGGGACAGCAGCAGCGCAAGCUUCUGCCCCUUGAAGUGACCGCUGCCCCUGGUAGGCUCCCAGGGGGCCAGAUCACUGGGUCAAACCUAAGCAAUGAAAAUCUACUUUUAUACUGCAAAUUCAUUUCUGUGGGCAGCUAUCUUAACAAACAGAUAUGUGAUUCCCUUAGAAGCAGGUCACACUUGUGUUUUGUCUCAACUUGGGAACAGUCACAGAUCUGGGGUUUUCAGGGGAUAAGAGUAACUGCUAGAAGAUGAGCAGGUAUAUGUCAUUAUUUGAGUGGAAAUUAUGUGCUUCAGCCUAAUUAAAAAUCAAGUUCUCGGCAAAACAGAACAGAAACAAACGCAUAAAUAUAGAACAAACUGGUGGUUGCCAGCAGGGAGAGCAUAGGAGGUGAGUGAAACAGAAGAGUCCACACUUCCAGUCACAAAAUGUGUAAGUCAGGUGAUAGAAAGCGUGGCCUGAGGCACAUAGCCAGUGACAGCUCAGUCACGUUGGGUGGUGACCGCACCUGCUGUGGGGGACGCUGAGCAUGUGUACGGUUGAAUCACUGCUGUACCUGAAACUAAUACAAACUCGUGUCAGCUGUACUUUAGACUAAAUCAGGUUCUCUUUCCUGGGCAAAUCAACAAAGAUGCUUGAAUUCAAAUUAUUUUUGGUUAUUGGGAGCAGACUUUGAGUAUUUACUGGAAAUUUUUGCUGGAGCCAUAUUAAGUUUUCUGUAUUCACCGGGUGUAAACUUUAAACUUUCCCUGUGAGGAGGAAUUCCCUAACUAUAAACCCUUAACUCACAGUGGAAAUUCAACUCUAAUAGUUUUCUUUACUGAACCUAAUCAGUGUUGCUACAUACAUUUAAAUUUUAUUUGGGCAAUAAAAUGUUACAAAAAUUAAUACUA